AUCAGAGAUCUAUCUGCCUUUACUUCUUCUGGAUGAAUAAGUUUCCCUGUUCUAAAAAGGGAUUCUGUCUUGUUACUUCACUACAAAUGGAGCCUUACAAUAUCAAAAUCUAUCCAUCUCCAUCUCCUUCUUCUCCCUCACUAGUCAUUUCAGUCGCAGAUGCAACUGAGUUCUCCUUCCAUGGCUUCUCCACCCAAACUUAUCUUCUUUCUUAGUCUCUCAUGUCUCCUUAUUCUCCAUGGUACUACUGCAAAGCCUCAACCAUAUGUUAUCUACAUGGGUAGUUCUUCAAAUUACAGUAAUGGAGAAAGUGAUACAGAAACAGAAGAAUCAGCUCACUUGCAAUUACUAUCUACCAUUAUCCCAAGUAAAGAGAGGGAAAGAUUGUCUCUGAUUCAUAGCUACCAUCAUUCUUUCAAGGGGUUCUCUGCCAUGCUUACAGAGGAAGAAGCUUCUGCAUUAUCUGGUCAUGAGCAGAUAGUAUCUCUUUUCAAGGAUCCGAUUCUUCAACUCCACACAACACGAUCUUGGGAUUUUCUAGACGCCGAGUCAGGAGUCCGAUCUAACUACCUCCAAUACCCUGAGGGAUCUGAAGAUGUCAUAAUUGGAGUUAUAGAUACAGGGAUAUGGCCUGAAUCGCCGAGUUUUAACGAUGAUGGCAUCGGAGAAAUCCCUUCGAGGUGGAGAGGAGUUUGUAUGGAAGGAUCCAAUUUCAAGAAAUCGGAUUGUAAUAGGAAGUUGAUAGGGGCUAGAUACUACAACAUUCGAGAUUUCUCAGAUGGGCCUGAUCACUCUGGCCUUAACAAAACCCAUGGAGGAAGAAAUUCCACUGGGUCCCCAAGGGAUACAGUGGGCCAUGGUACUCACACAUCAUCAACUGCAGCUGGUGCUAGAGUUGCAAAUGCAAGCUACUAUGGAUUAGCACAAGGAACAGCGAGGGGUGGGUCCCCUUCAAGUAGGAUUGCAAUGUACAAGGCAUGCUCUCUCAAUGGCUGCUUUGGAGCUACAAUUUUGAAGGCUAUUGAUGAUUCAAUCAAAGAUGGUGUUGAUAUAAUCUCAAUUUCCAUUGGGAUGAGUUCACUUUUCCCAUCAGAUUUCCUAAAUGACCCAAUAUCCAUUGGUGCAUUUCAUGCCAAUCAAAUGGGUAUUAUGGUAAUUUGCUCAGGAGGGAAUGAUGGACCAGAUCCAUAUACUGUUGUUAAUGCUGCUCCAUGGAUCUUCACAGUUGCAGCUUCAAAUAUAGAUAGACAAUUCCAAUCUACUGUUGUCUUAGGCAAUGGAAAUUCUUUUCAAGGAUUUGCAAUAAACUUCUCUAAUCUCACAAGAUCAAAGACAUACCCACUUGCAUUUGGAGGAGAUGUUGCUGCUCCUUCAGCCCCAGUGUCGGAAGCUAGCAACUGUUACCCAGGGUCAUUGGAUUCCAAAAAAGUUGCAGGAAAAAUAAUAGUGUGCACAAAUACCAAUCCAUUGGACUCAAGAAGAAUAAAGACAUUGGUGGUAGAAGCAGCCCAAGGAAAAGGGUUGAUUUUGAUAGAUGAAGAAGAGAGAGGAGUGGCUUUGGAUUCUGGUGUUUUUCCAUUCUCCCAAGUUGGAGAUAUGGCAGGACAUGAGAUCCUGAAAUACAUAAAUUAUACCAAGAACCCAAUGGCUACAAUUCUUCCAACGGUAGAUGUGGAGAAGAUUAGACCUGCACCUGUUGUUGCAUAUUUUUCAUCCAGGGGUCCUGGAGGCCUCACCGAAAACAUUAUCAAGCCAGAUGUAACAGCACCUGGAGUUGGCAUAUUAGCAGCAAUGAUCCCAAUUAACGAUAUAGGGGCUGCCCCAGUCGGAAAGAAGCCAUCUGAUUUCGCCCUAAAAUCAGGGACCUCCAUGGCAUGCCCUCAUGUUGCUGGCGCUGCUGCAUUUCUUAAAUCACUACACCACACUUGGACUCCUUCCAUGAUCAAGUCUGCUCUAAUGACAACAGCAACUACUUUCAACAACUUGAGGAAGCCAAUAACAAACAGCUCAAAUGGGUUUGCUAGUCCACAUGAGAUUGGAGCAGGAGAAAUAAGCCCAAUAAAGGCUCUUAGCCCAGGGCUAGUUUAUGAAACUACACCAAGUGAUUAUCUGAACUUUCUUUGCUAUUAUGGGUACAAGGAGAAAAUUGUAAGAUCAAUGUCUGGCACCACUACUUUCAGUUGCCCCAAUAACUCAUUUGAAGACCUCAUCUCCAAUAUGAACCAUCCAUCAAUCUCUAUUAGCAAGCUUGAAAGGCAUCUUGGAGUCAGAACUAUUGUUAGGACUGUAACCAAUGUGGGACCAAUGAAUGCCUCAUAUAUUGCUAAAGUCCACUCUCCCUCAGGAUUGGUGGUCAAGGUAUCUCCAGGGAAGCUUGUCUUCACAAAGUCUUCAACAAAAGCUUCAUUCAAGGUCUCAUUUUAUGCCAAGGGUUCAAUAACAGGUUAUAGAUUUGGUUAUUUCACAUGGUCUAAUGGUGUUCACCUUGUUCGUACAAUAUUUGCAGUAAAUGUUGUAUAAGCUGAAUAUUUUCAUUUUGGGUUUUGACCAAUCUACUAAAUAAUCAUAAAAGCAAAUAAUUUUUUUUUUUUUUUUUU